AUGGCCGACGGAAAGAGGACAGAUGACUAUACGAUUGAGAUGGACAAACUGGAUCAAGGCAACAAGGGCUUCGAGGCGCCGCCGCCGCCUCAGCCAAGGAGCGCCCCAUCCAGCUCUUUGCAAAAUAAUCCAAUCCUGCCAGUAUUAGCUUACUGUGGAUCGUCCAUCCUGAUGACAGUGAUGAAUAAAUAUGUCCUUUCCGGCACGGACUUCAAUCUCAAUUUCUUCCUCCUCUGUAUCCAGUCCGUCGUUUGCAUCGUCGCAAUUCAGACGUGCAAAGCCUGCGGUAUAAUCACUUACCGUGAUUUUAGCGCGGAUGAGGCCAGGAAGUGGUUCCCAAUUACCCUAUUGUUGAUUGGCAUGAUCUACACGGGCUCUAAGGCGCUCCAGUUCCUUUCAAUUCCAGUAUACACCAUUUUCAAAAAUUUGACCAUCAUCCUUAUCGCCUAUGGUGAAGUUCUGUGGUUCGGUGGCUCUGUCACCGGGCUCACGCUGUUCUCCUUCGGUCUGAUGGUUUUGAGCUCCCUCAUUGCUGCGUGGGCAGACAUCAAACACGCUGUCGAAAGCAGCUCCGACGCGACCGCUACGGUUUCGACAUUGAAUGCCGGCUACAUCUGGAUGUUGAUCAACUGCCUCUGCACUUCGUCCUACGUAUUGGGCAUGCGAAAACGGAUCAAGCUCACAAAUUUCAAAGACUUUGAUACCAUGUUCUAUAACAACCUUCUCUCCAUUCCUGUGUUGAUCGUACUUUCAGGCUUGCUGGAGGAUUGGUCAUCUACGAACGUCAACCGCAAUUUCCCCCCUGUCGACCGUAACAGUAUUAUCUUCGCUAUGAUUCUCUCGGGCUUGUCGACGGUCUUCAUUUCAUACACAUCUGCAUGGUGCGUUCGUGUGACCUCCUCCACGACGUACUCCAUGGUCGGCGCUCUCAACAAGCUGCCCAUUGCGGUUUCUGGAUUGAUCUUCUUCGAUGCACCAGUCACGUUUCCCAGUGUUUCAGCUAUUGUCGUGGGCUUCGUCAGUGGUAUUGUCUAUGCCAUUGCUAAAAUCAAGCAAAAUGCCAAGCCCAAAACGGGCGUUUUGCCCACCGCUAAUCCUCCCGUGAGCGCCAGCAGUCAGAGCAUGAGAGAUUCGUUGCGGUCUUAA